GCGGGUGGCGGCGGCCCCAGGGGCGCGAUCUCGUCCUCCUCGCUGCCCUCCCGGGUCGGCCAGGCCGGCGUGGGCGCCCACCACCACCACUGUCAACCCGAGGAGCUGGAGGCCGGCCUGGGCGAGAGCGACUCCGCCAUCGAGGACCCGGAGCUGGAAGCCAUUAAAGCCAGGGUACGAGAGAUGGAGGAAGAAGCUGAGAAGUUGAAAGAGUUGCAAAAUGAAGUUGAGAAACAGAUGAACAUGAGCCCCCCACCUGGCAACGCUGGCCUAGUCAUCAUGUCUUUAGAAGAAAAGAUGGAAGCCGACGCCAGAUCUAUAUACGUAGGAAAUGUAGAUUACGGGGCCACCGCAGAAGAGUUGGAAGCCCAUUUCCAUGGCUGUGGUUCCGUCAACCGUGUGACCAUCCUGUGUGACAAAUACACGGGCCAUCCCAAGGGGUUCGCCUACAUUGAAUUUUCCGACAAAGAGUCAGUGCGGACUUCCUUAGCGCUAGACGAGUCCCUCUUCAGGGGGAGACAGAUCAAGGUGAUUCCCAAACGGACCAACCGGCCAGGCAUCAGCACCACAGACAGAGGCUUCCCCAGGACCCGGUACCGAGGGCGAGGAUCUGGCUACAGCAGUUCCAGGGCCCGUUUCUACAGUGGCUUCAGCAGCAGGCCGCCCCGAGGACGUGCUUACAGGGCCCGGGCCCGAGCGACCUCAUGCCUGAAGAAAUACACUGAAACCUGACGCUGUA